AUGGACUUUGCCAAUGACCAUCUUAAACUUGGUACUUCUCACAGGAUCAGGGUGGCCAUGGAGACAGAGUGGAGCUGCCCCAUCUGCCAGGAUGCUCGAGAUGACACUGCUUACACUAUGCCCUGUCACCACCAGUUCUGCCUGGGCUGCAUCCUGCGUUGGAUAAGGGUGAAACCAGAGUGUCCGCUCUGCAGAACACCAACAGAGACUCUCAGGUUUUCUGUGCGGGAAGAAGAUGACUAUCUGGAGUUUGUCAUCACAUCCCCUGAAGAGUCUGCAGAUGCAAGCAGCCAUGCAGGAAGAGGUCCCGGUGGCCUGGCCGAAAACAGCCCCCAUCCCCCUGUGGCAUCCCCUCCCUCUUCUCCACAGGGGAUACUGUCCCCAGCUGAGCAGGGGGCUGCAGGGACAGAUGCUGGGGCUACCAGAGGUGGCCUCCUGCCCGAGGUCUGGGCAGAACUUCUUCGAAGUCACCAGUAUCUCCUCAACCCCGUGCUGCCUUGGCUGCGCCAGCAGCUGGAGGCGAUUUUUGGGGCCCGGUGGUGGGAGACGAACAGUGCAGAGAGCUGCAUCCUUCACGCCCUGUGCCUCUAUGGUCUGGAUGAGCAGCACAUGGUCCAGGUGUUGCAGGAGUACCUUGAGGAACAUGCAGCACCACUGGUCCAUGGUAUCAUCAACACCAUCGUGUGCCGGUGCAGCGAGGAGGCCCGAAGGCUGCUGCGCUCCCACGGUGCUGGGGAGGAGGCCGACAGCCCUGUGGCCAGCACCAGCUCCACCAUCCCCAGCUCCAGCAGCACCAGCCCCACCAGCUCUUCCUGGGGCAGUCCUGCCACUGACCUGGCCUCCUCCACCAGCCCCACCAGCUCCUCCUCGGGCACCCACCAGCUCCUCCUGGGGCAGUCCUGCCACUGA